AUGUGCUACAAAGACGUAGCGGGGUUACCUCCAUUAAAUUUCACAACAAACUGUAUUGGAUAUGGUCGAUAUGUCAUCUACUACAAUGAAAGACUGAUUGGAGUGACGUAUCCAGAAGGAUAUCAAUCUAUUUCUUUAAUUCAGUUGUGUGAGGUCGUAGUGGAAGCUUGCCCUAAAGGAUCAUACGGUCAGGACUGUAAAUUUCGAUGUUCAGGACAUUGUAAAGAUGGAACUCCAUGUGACCUCGUGACGGGUGAAUGUGUCAAAGGCUGUGUUUCGGGAUGGAUUGGGACUGGGUGCAAUAAAACUUGUGAUAAUGGGCGUUAUGGUAUCAAUUGUACUUUCUACUGCAGUGGACAUUGUUUAAGUGAACCAUGUAACAAAGAAACUGGGCACUGUGACUUGGGAUGUAGUGAUGGAUAUAUUGGUGAUUUAUGUAAAGCAGAAUGUACAUCUGGAUGGUUUGGAAAAGGAUGCAGAUACCGCUGUAGUGAACACUGUACUGAGAGUGGAAGUUGUAAUCACGUAAACGGGAUUUGUUCUCGUGGAUGUGAAGACGGUUACACUGGACUAAAUUGUACCACACGUAAAAUAUGGAACCUCUUAUAG